AGUCUCUGCAGUGCAAUGGCGGCUCUAAGAACCUCUGCAGACCUGAGUGAUGUGCUCCGCCAUUUUGAGAAUCUCUUAGGGAAUGCAUAAGUUUCAGGAAUUCCUUCGCAGUUUCUCUGCAGACGGAAGAAACCUUUUUGAAAACCAACAUCGGGAAGACGAGGCGGUCGUCAUCUGAAGGUAGAAGAGAAUUUGGAAGCGAGAGGUUUAACAUUUAAGAAAGUAACAUACUGCAUCGAUCAUGGCCCCGUCACCCAUCGAUCUUCUUCUGCUACGGUAUCGCAAGAGUCUUAAUGUACCCAGCGCAGCAGAAAUCGGGGGAGCUGGUGACUCUAAAGCGGCAGGGGGGCCAGAGCCCCCGAAGGCCGAACCUCCGCCAGCCUUGGAAACCACCUCGGUGGCGGCCGUCCUGGAACCUGUGAAUACCACUAUUGCGGUGACAGAAGAACCCUUAGGGGAGAAGAUUAUGCAUGAGAUAGCUGAUAAAACUCACGUACCAGUAUGGGGAAUCAUUAUGAUACUCAUUGGUAUUGGACUGCUGCUAGUCUGCAUCUGUUGCUGCUGCCUCCGGAAGUGGUGUAAAAGGUGGCGGAAAGACAAAAAGGGGGGAAAAGGUGGAGUGGAUCUCAAAGGUUUGGGGAUCCUUGGCGAUGCGUAUAAAGAGAAGGUACAGCCAGACGAAGAAGAUCUUCAAGACAACAUGGAAGAUAACGAAGGUGAAAAAGAAAGUGAAAAAUCGGAAGAGAAACUGGGGAGACUACAAUAUAAACUAGACUAUGACUUUAAUUCUAAUAACUUAGCUGUUACGGUUAUUCAAGCAGAAGAUCUGCCUGGGUUGGACAUGUCAGGGACGUCCGAUCCUUAUGUUAAAGUUUAUCUUCUCCCGGAUAAAAAGAAGAAGCACGAGACAAAGGUUCACCGAAAAACCCUCAAUCCUGUUUUCAAUGAAACGUUUAACUUCAAGGUCCCAUUUGCUGAAAUCACAUCGAAGACUUUAGUUUUUGCUAUAUUCGACUUCGAUCGUUUCUCAAAGCAUGACCAGAUCGGGGAAGUAAAAAUCCCCCUUAAUACAGUGGAUUUGGCACAGACGAUUGAGGAGUGGAGAGAUUUAACUAGUGUUGAAGGAGAACAAGGACAGGAAAAUAAGUUGGGAGACAUUUGCUUCUCUUUAAGAUAUGUUCCGACAGCCGGAAAGUUGACUGUGGUCAUUCUAGAGGCUAAAAACCUCAAAAAGAUGGAUGUCGGAGGCUUAUCUGAUCCUUACGUUAAAAUCGCCAUCAUGAUGAAUGGCAAGCGGAUAAAGAAGAAGAAAACGAGUAUCAAGAAGUGUACGUUGAACCCUUACUACAAUGAAUCCUUUACGUUUGAGAUCCCCUUCGAACAGAUACAGAAAGUGCAGCUAAUGAUAACAGUGGUUGAUUAUGAUCGCAUUGGGACUUCGGAUCCCAUUGGGAAGGUGGUCUUGGGAUGCAACGCGAGUGGAACAGAGUUACGCCAUUGGAUGGACAUGCUCGCAUCCCCUCGUCGACCAAUUGCACAAUGGCAUUCGCUCAAAGACCCAGAAGAAGGCCAAGAUAACUAAAUGCCAGGAAGUUCGAAGAGGAUAUAUUAAUAAUAUAAAAUAUAAGCACAACUUUCAGAACAUCAAAUUCUGCCUCGACAGUGAGAAAGAAGAAUUAACUCUUGUUUGUCCAAAAAAUAUUCUAGAAAUAUAUAUAUAUAUAUAAAUAUAAAUAUAUAGGGUUGAACGUAGAGUUUGUAAAUAGCUAAUAGCUAUAUACAUGCUUUCACAUUGACACUUGUCUUCAGAAGGUGUGUGUAACAUAACUAUAUUGUAAUAACGUUAGAUGGCAAAUUUAAUUUUUCAUCAAAUCAAAGUUACUAAGUUUGACGUUUGCUGUAGAUAAAUUGCAAAAAUCAAAGUGUGUUAUGACUUAGGUGCGAAUUAAUAUUCACUAAAUUUUAACGAUGUUGCAUAUCACUUAUAAAAAAACCUUUAAAAUGGUUUUUUUAUUCAUUAUAUAUAGAAAUGUGGUCGAGUGGUAUUUAAUGUUGUAAAAUGUUGAGAAAAAUCUGACUUGUUUAUUAUAAUAUGGUAUAUCUUGUUGAAACUAUCUUCAAUUGUCCUACUGAAAGUUGCUUAAACGAAAAAAGUCAGAUUUGUAUUGAAAACGAAUAUUACUGAUCAAUGUCUUUCGGGUCGGCUUUAAUAUUGAUUGUCGGUGACAGCUGUUAUUUCAUUUCAGUGAAUUGUUUUAUUUUCCCUUCGGGUUUGUAAUACCAGUCCUGGGGUAUCACUUUGGAUGGAAAAAAAUUCUAAGCUCUUCAAGUGUCAUAAUGUGUAUUGUAAUAUUCAUUUAUUUUUGUUACAUAAUUAAUUCAGAAAUACUGUAUAUUCUUCUAUAUAUUUCUGUAAGUGGAUGAAAAUGAUGAUAAAUACAGUUUGUAAAUCCUUUUGAAUGUAGUAGAAAGCAUAGCUAGAGUAUGCAGAUUUGAGAUUUGUCAUGAAUUUUCAGUUUCAUCGUGAGAAUUAACUUGACUCUUAAAAGAUACGGGUUGAGUCUAAAACGUCUUCUUUAUAUGUACGUUUGCCAUUACUCACUUAGAAGUGAAUAAUUGGAGCAUUGAGAAUAUUUUUAUGAUUGUAAAACCAGACAGUUGUAUAUUAGAUGGUCUGAUAGUGUACAUUAAUGAAAGGUUAUAUAAGUUGCAUAUUCGUGAAUGCAUUUAUUAACAAUGAUUACAGUAUAUGUUUUUUAAUUUUAAUUCAACGUCCUUAAAAUUAUAAAUGCUGUAAUUUUGUUACAUUGACUUCUUGUCUUCUGUGCUGAUGGUAUGUACCCCAGGUCUGCGUUUAGAUGCUUUUUAAUACGUGAUAUUUUUACUUUGAUGUGAGUUUUGCGUCUAUCUACAUCAGUGCACUAUAGCGUCAGACUCCGUGCAACAACAAUUGGUCACGUGUCGUGGGUAACUGAAAUUUUUGCGUUCAGUCGUCGCAAACGCUUUGUUCUCUCGUUUCAAAUCAUUUUAAUUACAUCACGCAACGAACGUGAACCAAUUUUCUUCAUGAAUUUCUUCAUCGCAAUUUGACUUUAUGCAGUACAUUACUAUUUAUCUAAAUGAUUCGUAGAUGAAUUAUAUGCUAUUUACAUAAAAAGAGGGCUGCACUUUUGUAGACAAAACGCUAGGGCUGAUUGAGCUUGGUAUGCAAGCGCUUAUAAUAUUCUGGGGUAGGGUCACCAGUUAAAAAAUGCUAGAUUCUUUUCGAAAGAGGUUUGCUUGUUUGAUGUAAAAAAGAUUAAAACCAUGUCUGCAUGAAGUUGCAUAGACUUUUGUGUAUGAUGUUUUAAGCGGUAAACAAAGUGUAUUUCAACAAGUGUCUAAAUUUAGGAAGAUCAUACGUUUCUUCAAUCAUGUUCGAUAAAAAAAGAAAACAUUAGUAUAUUAUUUUACAUUUCGAAUUAAAAAUUUGAAAAUAUAUGGCGUUCAAUAUUGACUUUGCGCAAAAUAACAAGAUUACUAAAGCAUUAAAAUGACAAUUUUAUGUUAUUAUAUUUAUGCUAUUUACAAAAUUAUUAUUUAUUUAAUUAUAAUAUUCCACUAUUUACGAGAAGCCAGUGUGUAUAUGAAAGACAUCAAAUUAGUAUCUAUAUAAGUCAGUUUAAAAUAUUAACUUCAAAUUUAGUGAAUAUUUAAAAACGUAUGUAAAAACUUUAAAUAGUUAAGAAAUUAUUUAAUAAUACAACUAAUUUGAGAAAAUUUGAGUUAAGUUUCACAAAGGUUUAAGACUAAUCAAACAGUGCAUUUCGUAAAUACUUAUCGGAUGCAGACUGUUUAAAAUAAAGUAUUUUAAACUUCAUUUUAAAUGGAAUAAAUAAUAAUUAAUAAAAUAAAUAAAUAAGCAUUUUUUGCUAUAUUACAGCAGUCUCGAACACUGUAAAAAUACUUUUCCUUUUUUCCUUUUCGCCGGCGACAGAACAGAUGAUCCAUUAAGUUAAGUGCUUAUCAGCCUGCUGGAUUCUGUUGAUGGAAUAAAAAAAAUGAAACUUGAGCUUAGUGCAAUUUUCUUUGGCAACUGGCUGUGUAAAGUGAGGCAUAUUGAAAGAAAAACUAAAACAAGGACUGAAAGUAUUUAGUGGGAAGACUGCUAUUAGAGUAUUACAGUGUAAGUAGGCCUAUAGGAAGGGCAGAGUGUAAAAUCAUGUACUGACGUGAAGAAGAAAUCAGUAUAAAUGUUUAAGAAUUACACAUUACGAAGCAAGAAAAGUUUACAAAGUUAAGCAAACAAAUUUUAGGAUUGAAAAAUCUUCGUGUAAUUCUAACCAAUAUGAGUAACAACUAAAUACAUAUGAAACAUAAUAAAAUAUAAUUUGGACCUUUGUUAAUGGCUCAUCUACAUAGAUUUUCAAUGGUAGAGAGUAUUAAAACUGAAAUAAUAUACAACAACGAUUCUCUAGAUGCAGUGCUAUAAUUUCGGAAUUUCUCGGAAUGUAAAAUAUGGAACAUAGAGAUACAGAUAAUAAGGAUAUAUUAAUAGAACGUAUGCUUGGAAAGGUUUUUACUGGUGACCUUCACUUUAGAACAUAGACAAAAUUUAGAUUAAUAAAAAUUACUUCCAUAAAGUCUAAAUUUAUAAAAAAAUCGGAAGGAAAUUUUCUGAAAAUUUUGUGGCAGCAAACUGCAUUAAAGUUGCUCUUAUUGUUUAGCCCUAGUUCGAAAAUGCAUGUCUGGAUUUGUUGCAGCCCUUAUUCUAUUCGAACUUUUCUUCUUCUCAAAGAUUAUUAUAUUUAUCUAUAUUAUAUAUUCGUAGAAAUAUUUCGAAACAAAAAAUCGAGAAUCGAUUGUAUUCGAAAAAAUUUAUUAUUAUCAGCUACUUUUUACGGGCGAAUUAGAAAUAACGAGAGCAAAAUAUUUGCAUCGUGAAACCUACGCACGGCAUGUACUUCAACUUUUACUCUAUGUGAAAGAUAUUAUUCUAAAUACUCUCUGAAAUUUUUCCAUAUAGCGUGUGUGUGAUUGUAUGCCUCUCAUUUGCAUUUCCAGUGUUUCCUAUCAUUAUAUGAUGUAAAUUGAGAGAGUCAACAUUUUUUGGAGUAUGAAGGAUAUUUUAUGGUAAAAAAGCAAAAUACAUAAUAUGUCUAAAUACAAACUGUGAUUCUAGUGCUUCUUGUUCUCACUUUUUAACCACAGCUCAUUGAACAGUCACAGACAGCGGUAAUACUUGUGUGAAUAAAUAAAUAUGGAAACUUUCUUGUUGAUAUUAUAAGUUGAUAACUCACAAAUAAAGUAACAACCAGGAACUAAAA